UUGGCCAUCUAUCAACAUCUACAUUAGCUAUAGCUACCUGCCCAUAAUUUCAGUUCAUUUAUUUGUCAGUGUUUUAUUUGCAUGAGCAGCUUGCCGAGACAAGUCGUGAUAAGGAAGUUUGUUAUUUUGUCUUCGUGUUACCACGUUACAUUCACACCGUAAAAUCAACCCAGGAAGGAACUCUUUUUUCUUUUACAUUACGCUUAGAACCCGGCACCUGAAAGCUCAAGAGAACAUGUCUCUGUCCGAAGAAAGAAGUAGCCGCUUGAAAGACAUCCAGGAGGGACUACAGUUCAUACAGUCUACUCUUCCCUUUUCUGGAACACAGGAACAAUAUGAGGUGUUCAUUCAAGACCUUGUGAGGAAUCUUUUUGGGGAAGGAAAUGACUUGUAUAAAGAGGGUGAAUGGGCAAGGUCCAUAGAGCUCUACACGGAGGCCUUAAAUAUAACAGACUAUGCAGAUUCAGAAGGUAUCACUUUAUUAAGUGAAACGAUUGAAAAGCUGUAUGGCAAUCGUGCUGCGGCUUACCUAAACAUUGGGGUGCCCGAUGAAGCUCUGAAAGACUGUGAGAAAGCACUACAGCUGAAUGAAAAGAACCACAGGGCUCUCUUUCGAAAAGCCAGGUCUUUGAAAGAGAUGGGAAGGCACAAAGAGGCAUAUGAAGCUGUGGCUAAGUGUUCCUUGGCAGUGCCACAGGAUGAAAGUGUAAUGAAGCUGACACAGGAGCUGGCUAGAACUCUAGGGCUAAAAGUCCGUAAAGCAUACGUCAGGAGCCAGCCUGUCCUAAAUGCAUUGCCUGGUGCCAGAAAUUCAGUUGUCUUUAGUGAGAAGGGUCCUGAAGGAUCAGAUUCUGUGGAGGAUAUUGAAUUGGUGCCAUCGCACAUUCAGCAGAUGGACAGUCCCUUGCCAGGCUCAGGCGGAGCUGCAUGCCUGUCUGCAAAUGAAAUGGUGGAGAGGGAUUCAACCCCUGUUAGACAGACCAUCAGCUUCUCUGUCUCCUCCACCGAGUCUCACUACCCUGAGAGUUUGGCCAUGGCGGGACACGUAUUGGCCAAUGGAGCCGAGUCCAGCGGGUCUUACCCUUUGCCUGAGUCGCGCUUAGACUGUGAUGCAGAAAUCAUCGGGGAUGAUCUGGAUGAGUUGUUGGACAGAGAAGCUCCCCCACAGUCUCUUGAGGACAUUCCCACAAUGAAGAGUCUAAUACCAACCAGUACAGUCACCAAUGAUUCCAUACCUAAUCCUAUGGUCAUGUCAGAUAGUGCCCAGCAUCAUCUUCUACAAUCGUCUUACCACCAGACAGAGUUGUCUAGGUUCUCAAGCUUAGAUGUGGACUCAUUACAUUCUCCUUUGGAUACAUUGGACAGUGUAUUGUUCUCUGAUGCUGAGACAGCUGGAAAUCCAGGGUACAGCCAGCUUCCAUAUGUAUCAAUGCUUAGCAGCAGCAGUCCACAAGAAUCUCCAGGCUACAUGGACCUAACUGCACUGAAUCAAACCCAUCCGGUGAAUCUGACUGGAAAUCCCUUGGCUAACACACAUGAAUUCAAACAGGCUUGUUCUGCUUGCUUUGUCAAAAGUGGCCCAGGACUUUUUGAUUACAUUCUGCAUACUGAGGAACACAAAUGCAAGAAAGACACACUAGUGGGAAGAAUCAAGCACUUACAGGACCAGAAGUGGAAACCUAUUCGCCCAAGACCAACAAAGAAUGACUACGCUGGGCCGUAUUACAUUUGCAAAGAGGUCUUGUUGGGAGAAGAGUGCAGUUACCAUGGUCACUGCACCUUUGCGUACUGUCAGGAGGAGAUUGAUGUUUGGACCUUGGAGCGGAAAGGGUUUAUAAACAGAGAUCUGAUAUGUGAUCCAUUGGGGAACGGCGGAAAGAUUAACUAUACCAUCCCUAAGAUUUUGCAGGAGCACCAUGGGAUCUUUAUGUUCCUCUGUGAGGUGUGUUUUGACCAUAAACCCAGGAUUAUCAGCAAAGUAAACACGGACAACCCUUCUUUUUGCUCACACCCAGUGACAAAGCAUGUCUUCAAAGAAAAAAAGUGCCUGAUCUACAUAUUGAGGGAGACCACAGUGAGGUACACAAAAAUUCGACCCUACCACCCACAGUGCCAGAUGGAGCUGUGUCGGCACGAACUGACCUACGGCUGUGUGCGUGAGGAUGACUGCUUCUUUGCUCAUAGUCUGAUUGAGCUGAAGGUUUGGAUGGUGCAGCAAGAAACGAGCAUUUGUCAUGAACGUAUCGUUAAGGAGUCAAGGAAGUACAGGAUGGCAGCUAGUUCUCAAGGGGUUCAGCAGGCUCCAGGUUUACACAACAAGUUUGGGCCCCCACACCUGAAGAUGCAAUUUGUAUGUGGACAGUGCUGGAGUAAUGGCCAAGCUGUUGGGCCAGAGAAGAACAGAAAGUACUGCACAGCUAAGGCCAGGCAUCUAUGGACAAAAGAUAGGCGAGUAGUUCGGGUGUACUCCACUGAAGAGAAAAAGUGGGUACCAGUCCGUCCUCUCCCAGCAAAGAAGCCGAUGCCAUUUCAGUUUGAAAUUUGCAUUCAUGUGGCUGCUGGAAAGAAAUGCCAGUACAUUGGUAACUGUUCAUUUGCACACAGCCCAGAGGAGAGGGAUCUCUGGCAGUACAUGAAAGACAAAAACAUUCCAGACAUGGAAAAGCUCUAUGAGCUUUGGUUGCAGUCUCAGAGAUCUGACUGGAGUGAAGAGGCUUCCAACUCAGCCAUGAGGGAGGAUGGGAAACAGAUUCACAUGCCUACAGACUAUGCCGAAGAAGGACAGUCUGGAAAGCACUGCUGGCUCUGCGGGAAGAACUGCAACAGUGAUAAACAGUGGCAACAGCACAUCAGCUCAGAGAAACAUAAGGACAAAGUGUUCAACUCUGAAGAUGACCAGAACUGCUGGCAGUAUCGCUUCCCCACUGGCAUUUUCAAAGUUUGUGAACGAUUUUUGAAGGGCACUUGUACAGAAGAGGAGAAUUGUAAGCUGGCCCAUGGGAAUGAGGAACUGAAGGAAUGGGAAGAUCGGAGAAAGUUCCUUUUGAUGAAACUUGCUAAAGCAAAAAAAGACCACUUAAUUGAUCCCGAUGACAAUGAUUUUGGAAAAUAUAGCUUUUUGCUUAAAGACAUAAAUUAAUAUUUGAAUACAACCGAUCACAACAUGAAAAGGCAAAAUACCAUGUGGGAUCAGUUGAAUUUUGUGCCAUCCCAGAAUGUCCUUCUUCAUUCUGUGUCUAUCUCUCAUAGUGAAAAUACAGUAACAACCCCAGGUUUUUGA